GUGCGGACUCCGUUCGUCCCUCCCAGUCCCAGCGCGCAACCCAACCCGCCGUUCCUCCGCCUCCUCCCGCACAGCAAAAUGGAGACCUCCUUCCUCCCCACCACGCUCCCCACCGCAAAGCCCCUCCCGGCAUUCCGAACCCACGCUGUAGCCGCAUCGAAACUUCCCCAACAGCGCCCUCGCCGCUGCACCAUACGCGCGGCCAUCACCCGUGGCCGCAAGGAGGAGACGGUGACCACCGUCCGGGAGCAGCUGGAGGGCUGCUACCUCCUGGCUGGUAUCAAGUACGAGGGCCUGACGGUGAAGCAGCUGCAGGGAAUCCGCGACGCGCUCCCAGAGACCUGCAGACUGCUGGUGGCGAAGAACACUCUGGUGGGGAAAGCCAUCGAGGGCACCCCCUGGGAAGCGCUCAAGCCGUGCAUGAAGGGUAUGAAUGCCUGGCUCUUCGUCCACACCGAGGAGGUACCAGCCGCGCUCAAGCCCUACCGCGCCUUCCAGAAAGAGGAGCGCGUCGAGGAGACCAACGACUUCGUCGGGGCCGUCUUUGAGGGCAAGUUUUACGGGCCCGGAGACUUCAAGGCGCUCGAGACUAUGCCCAGCCGCGCCGAGGUGUACGCCACGCUGCUCGGCGCGCUGCAGGGACCCGCUACGUCGCUCGUCGCCACGCUGCAGGCGCCAGCCAGGGAUGUCGUUGCGGUGCUCUCCGCGUACGUACGCAAGCUCGAAGAGGAGGCUGGAGCCGCCUAGUGGGGUUGUGAAAUGGUUGUCAUCUCCCUUUCACUCCCUACUUUCUGUUUGUAGAAUUCUGUGUACCUUAACUGGCUCCCAGUCACAUUUGAAUUGAAUCACACUUUCCAGUUUACAA